AUAACUAAAAAAUCAUUGGAAUAAGUUGCUGUAUUUUCACAUCAGAGUUCAACAGUGCCAGUAACUUGUAUUGGUUAGUAUAAAUAUUUGAUUUGAUCUGUAAGACUGCGUCACAAUUUAUUUCAAUUUAAGGAUUCGAUUGUUUUGAGAAUUUUUGUGAAAAAAAUAAUAGAACAUAAUGGAAUUAUAUGCAUAUCAGCUUGCUACAUUUGUUGUGAUAUGUUUGUUUGUUUCUGAAAUAACAUCAUUGUGUUGUCAUUUACCUUAUAUGCAGUCAUUACCAUGUAACUUUGAAUCUAAAUCUGUAUCAGAAUUAAAAUUGCUAGAACCUACAGACGAAGGAAGAGAAGUUGGUAUGCCGUCGUCAAUGGAGAUAAUGAAUGACAUGAUUAAGGGAUUAUGUUCCUAUUCUAUGUGUUCACCUGGUUAUAUUAAAAAGAAGGGGAAUGUCUUUUGCUCGACUGGAUCUUGUAAUAUGUUUGGUUGUAAUUGUGAUGGAGAAUGUAUAAAUAAUAAAUAUGUAGACGAUUAUCUGCAACGGUUGCGGCAGGAGAAUAAUAAUACUAAUUUGACUUAUGAACAUUUAUCAAGAGCAAAGAGAUCAAUUUAUCCUCGAUCUAAAAAUACUGGUAUGAAUGUAAAUUCAAACCCACAUUCCCAGCCAAGUUAUAACAAUACACUAGUUCAUAAUCCGCCAGGUUCAUCAGUAGGAUACAAUCACGAACGAGAUAAGCAUAACUAUGACUACAACGGUGAUUUUAAAAUGCCGAUAUAUAUGAUGGCUGAUGCUAAGAAGCUUGGAUCAAUAACAGGAAACAUAGCUAGAAAUGUUGCUAUUGAUUUGGUAUCAACGCUUACUGCUGAAUACGUCAGUAAGAAUUGGUUAUUUCCUGAACCAAAUAAAGUCAAUGAUACAGCUCUUAUUACGAUUUUGAAAGAGUAUAACGCCACGCUUAAUGAAAUUUUCAUGAAGUUUAAUAAGCCCUUUGAUCAACUAAAUAGCACACAGCAAGCCGCAUUUGUGCAUAAAGCUCAGUUAAUGAACUUAAUUAGUAGCGUUAACAAUAGGAAUGCUAUACGCAAGCAAUUCAGACAAUACGAAGUUUAGUUAAUGAUGCAUAAUAGUUGAACCUGAAAAGAUAUAUAUAGGUAUAUAUAAAUCAUAUUAUGAGUGUAUGAAAUGUUAGCUGACGGUAAUUCAUGUCACUAAUAGUACUUGUAAUUUUCUACAGGUAAGUAU